AUGUCUCAACCACCAUCUCCAUUUCCCUCGCAGUCGCAAUUCUACCCUCCCCAAAUCAUGAAUCCCGAUACACCCCCUCCGCCACCCCCCAAACCCAACAGCCACGAAGCCAGCCGACGCGCCACCCCGCAAAAUACUUCUGCGCACCCCUGGCAUCCAGACAACCCGGCAGGCGCUCACCAGGGCGCUCACCCCAAUAAUUCUCAACAACCACAUAUCGCAGAUCCUCCAACAAUUGAGGAAGGCUGGCUCCCAGGUCUGGUUUCCGAUAAGUCGUGGGUCCCCUCAACCCCCUCUCCCCCCCAAAAACAAGGUUAUCAGCACCUCUUACCCACGCAAACCAGAACAACCGACCUCCAAACAAUCCUCGGAGACCCAACCCUUAUCUCUGCCCUCUCAAGCCAACAUCCCUCCUGCACGACUCGUCAACAGCACCUCGAGACUCUUAUCCAAACGAACAAAGACCUCGCGACCCGCGUCCUAGAGAUGCAGAAUCACCUCGCCGAGGUUCGCGCCUCCACCGAAACAUUACUAAUUACACAUCAGUCGCUGGAGGUCUCCUGGCGCAAAAAGCAAGCCGAAAUGGAUGCGGCCCUAGCCCCAUGGUCACCGAAAGCGCUAUACCAGCGCUUCAGCGCGGCGAUCACGGAGCAGGAGGCUGUAUGCCAUGCUGUUGAGGAGAGUUUUCUUGAUGAGGAUCACCAUGGCCGGGCUACGGAAAAGGAGAUUGCAGAUUGGGUCCGGCGCGUACGGGGCGAGGCGUCCAAAUUGGCGGCUCGGAAGGAGGCGAAGGCACGGUGGGAUGAAGGACGGGUUGGGGGUUGGCGAUGA